UGCAAUAUUCUGAGCGAUAGUAUAACGAAGUAAACUCCUAUCUCUCGACAAAAAAAAAAUCAAAGAUGAAAACUAUCGUUUUCUUGCCAAUUAUGGCUGUGGCCAUUUCGUUGUUAAUCGCCGCACAAGUGAACUCCGCUCCACAAUCUAAUUUCUAUGGUUCGAAUAACACGAACAAGUCCCAUGACUUGAUCAUUGGAUAUAGAAUGCCUGGCGACAGACUUAUACUGAGGCAAAGUGUCAUCAAGAAUUCCUCCUGGGGCAGGAUAGUAACCGACGAAAAGACAUUCAACACAACAAGAUUCGAAAGGAUUACUCAAGUCCGAGCUCUUGAUCAGAAGACCAAUGGUAACGGGGCGUACGCGAGCAUCCUCUUUGGUGGCCCAGGAUGGAACAAUGUCACUAUCCGGUUCAAGAGCCAGAGGGGUCACGGAAUCAACUUCAUCGUCGAGAUCUACUCACGACCAUAAGUCUCUGUUGCACAGAUCAGACCAACCGUUGAGAAACAUAUUCCAAAUAUGCAAAUCAAUUAUUUAAUCUCUUUUUCCAUAAAAUGGAUUUCAACUUUUGGAUAAUUUAUUCGUUCAAUAUGUAACUAAUCUUAUAGCUUAAUGGAACAUAAUAAAAUUUAAUUAAUUUGCUGAUUAAAA